AUGCUUUCAGUGUGGCUGCUCAUCUGUACAGUGCUACCUGUAGCACUUCAUGCUAUUCCAGUUUCAACUCGUAUUCAUGAGGUUGAAGAUGAUCCUGGUUUUAACCCAUUCAUCAAUCUUGGAGCAAAAACCAAGCUGAUUGAGGGGGACAUAGCCAUACCCUAUGGUCGAGUUGGUCUUUUAAACACAACAUACAGAUGGAAGUCCCCUAUUCCAUACAUUCUCUCUGACAGCCUAGACCUUAAUGCAAAAGGUGCGGUCUAUCAAGCAUUUGAAAUGUACCGCCUGAAGUCAUGUGUCGAUUUUAAACCCUAUGAGGGAGAGAAGACAUACAUCAAAUUUGAGAAAAGGGAUGGGUGCUGGUCAUAUGUUGGAGAUCUACAGAAUGGACAGGUGCUAUCUUUGGGACCAGGCUGUGAUCAUAAGGCUGUGAUUGAGCAUGAGCUCCUUCAUGCCCUGGGCUUUUAUCACAUGCAGUCUCGACAGGACCGAGAUGACUACGUGAAGAUCUGGCUGGAUCAGGUCAUUGAAGGCCUGGAGCAUAACUUCAACAAAUACGACGACAGUUUUGUCACGGAUCUGAACACGCCGUAUGAUUAUGAGUCUGUAAUGCAUUAUCGCCCAUUCGCUUUCAACAAAGACCCCAGUAUUCCUACUAUCACGACCAACAUCCCUGAGUUCCAGUACAUCAUAGGGCAAUACCUGGACUUUAGUGAGAUGGAUGUCGUUCGACUGAAUCGGAUGUACAACUGCUCCUCUAGUCUUACCCUGCUGGACCAGUGCACAUUUGAAAACAUAAACAUUUGUGGGAUGGUACAGAGUUUGACCGAUGAUGCUGACUGGGUGCAUCUUAAGAGCUCACCUGGUUCUGAGGAUCAUACUCUCAGUGGACAAUGCAGAGAUUUGGGUUACACCAUGCACUUUAACACUGCCACUGGAAACGCAAAGCAAUCUGCUCUCCUCGAGUCGCGCAUCCUCUAUCCGAAGAGGAAGGUGCAAUGUCUUCAGUUUUUCUAUAAAAUGACAGGUAGUACAAAUGACAGGCUGGUGAUUUGGGUCAAGAUGGACGAUGGAACAGGGACAGUGCGCAAGUUAAAGAGAGUGCAGACACUUUGGGCUGAUGAUGAUAAGACAUGGAAGAUUGCUCACGUGUCUAUGGAUGUCGGGGUUAAAUUCCGCUACGUCUUCCAGGCGGUGAGAGGAGACCCCUCCAACUCUACUGGAGGCAUAUACAUCGAUGACAUCAGCCUGACAGAAACUCGCUGCCCGGCUGCUGUCUGGCGCAUCCAGAACUUCACUCACAUUCUGCAAACAGCAGAUUAUGACACAGUCCUGAACAGCCCUCGUUUCUACAGCCCUGAGGGUUAUGGGUAUGGCAUUCAAGUUCGGCCUUUUUCCAGCUACUCUGAUUACGCAGGCAACUACACCGGUCUCUACUUCCAUCUGGCCAGCGGUGACAAUGACAUUGUCAUGCAGUGGCCUGCUGUAAACCGCCAGGCCACCGUAGUGGUGAUGGACCAGGAUCCAGACAUUAAACUGAGGAUGUCCUCCGCUCGUAGUCUCACCACUGAUCUGGCCAUAUCUGAAGGCAAACUUUUAUGGGACAAUCCAAGAAAAUUUGGGACCUAUGACAAUAACUGCAAAUGUUAUCGCGGGGAGUCAAAGGGGUGGCACAGUUUCAUCAAACACUACGACUUGCACAGACGGAAUUACCUGAAAAAUGACGACCUCAUCAUCUUUAUUGACUUUGAGGAUUUAACAAGCCUGAUAAAUACUGAAGUCCCGGUUGCACCAAAGGUUUGA